AUGUUCUUUCAGCAGAGGGAAAGAGAGGAGAGAGAGAGCGGAGAGAGCGCAGGCAGCCGCCACCUCAGAGCCGGCCCCACUUUACCAUCAGCAGGAACAGCCCAAGAACACCAUGAGCGAGGCCGAGACAGAACAGCAACCCGAACAGCAGGAGCAGUCGCCGCCGCCGCCGCCGCAGCCACAACAACAGCCGCAGCAGCAGCAGCAGCAGCAACAGCCAGAGAAACCCAAGUCCCCCGGGGAGAAGAAAGUCAUCGCAACAAAGGUCCUUGGAACAGUAAAGUGGUUCAAUGUACGAAAUGGCUAUGGAUUCAUCAACCGGAAUGACACGAAAGAGGACGUAUUUGUACAUCAGACUGCCAUAAAGAAGAAUAAUCCACGGAAAUAUCUAAGAAGUGUUGGUGACGGUGAAACAGUGGAGUUUGAUGUCGUGGAAGGUGAAAAGGGAGCAGAGGCGGCCAACGUGACCGGUCCCGGUGGAGUUCCUGUUCAAGGAAGCCGAUAUGCUGCGGAUCGAAAUCGUUACCGUCGUUACAACCCUCGACGUCGAGGACCACCGCGGAAUGACCAACAGAACAUUGAAGGUGGAGAGAAAGGAGAUGGAGCGGAGACUGCAACUGACGGAGAGACCCAGGAAUAUCAAAACCAACAGCAACGCCCUCCGUACAGAAGACAGCGUUACCCACCUUACUUUGUUCGACGUCGGUAUGGUCGUCGCCCACAAUACGCCAACCAGCCUCCCCAGGGAGAAGUUACUGAGGGUGGUGAAGUAAACGAAAACCAAGUUGCUGGGGAAGACGGUGGUAAACCAAGCCGAGGACAAAAUCGCUUUAGGGGCUAUCGCCCACGGUACCGCAGCUUCAACGAAUCGGUUCAUUACAGAGGACCCCCUCGCCCACGUCCACCCCGGGAGGGAAGUAGUGAGGAAGACAAAGAGAACCAAGGUGACGGCCAACAAGACCAGCAGACUCACCCCAGACGAUUUCGCCGCAACUACAACUACAGGCGUCGUCGCCCACAAAACCCUAAACCCAAAGAUGGCGAGGAGAGCAAGGCACCCGAAACACCAGCUGAGAACAUCUCUGCUCCGGAGACCGAGCAGGGCAAUGCUGAGUAACACCAGCUCAGCAUCUCUUACCAUCAAAAAGUUUUGUCAUCAAACGGAAGACCAUCAAAGUCAAAUUCCAGCAAUAAUAAAAAGUGAGCUUUCGACUGUAAGAUCUGCAGUGCUUGCAUACAGUUGACCAGAUACCAGAAUGUUUCACAAUAGUAAAACCUAUGCAGCAUGGUUUCUUAACCUUUCUUGAAACUGCUUUUUUGGAACUGGCUUAAAAGAGAUUUUUGUAGAUGGUCUAUUUUCCUUUAUACUUCUGAUGGUUUUUAAGCUUAUUUGAUAUCUGGUCAAUUUGAAUUUUUGAAAUACCAGUUUUUAAUUUGUAAGCAUUGUACAACUGAACUUUAAGUACAACCGGGCACUAAUAAAGGUCCGAAAACACC